CGUAUGACCCACCGGAGCUCUUUUGAGGUGGGACACAGUGAACCGGAAGACAUUUUAUUAUUUCCGUGUUACUGGGAAGCAUAUUGUUUGUUGCUUAUUUUUCCACCAUGUCUGCAAAAUUAAGCGCGUUACAUAGUGAUUCUUACGUCGAAGUAAGCCAAUAUAGAGAUCAGCAUUUUAAGGGGAAUAGGAAAGAACAAGAAAAGCUUUUAAACCAGAGCAACACGUUAUAUGUGGGUAACCUGUCUUUCUACACGACAGAAGAACAGGUACACGAGUUGUUCUCUAAAAGCGGAGACGUUAAACGCAUCAUCAUCGGCCUUGAUAAAGUUAAGAAGACGGCCUGUGGAUUCUGUUUUGUAGAAUAUUAUGCACGAGGUGAUGCUGAACACGCCAUGCGCUUCAUUAAUGGCACACGUCUAGACGACAGAAUCAUUAGAACAGACUGGGAUGCCGGCUUCAAGGAAGGGCGACAGUACGGUCGUGGAAAAUCUGGAGGACAGGUUAGAGAUGAAUACAGGCAGGACUACGAUCCAGCCAGAGGUGGAUACGGUAAACUGGCUCAGCAGCAUCCACCUGUGGAGUCGCGGAAUACUUACUGAUCUGAACAUGACCACAUGAAUCUGAUUGGACCACACAGUGAUGUUGCUCUGGAUUCAUCUCACAGCAACAGAAUCAUCCCAGUGUUGCUUUGAAAGUCUCCGCAGCAGACCUGCAGGAUGUCAGUGGAAUUUACAUUAUUUCUUUCAGUGAGGAGCUUAUUUUUUCCUGGUCAGUUAUAUAUGAUAGAGCACACAGAGUCAAAUGGUUCAAUUUAUUAAAUGUAUUACUAGGAUGAAAUAUUGAGAUGUUAGACUUGGUUAAACAUUCUCACCAAGAAAAGUGUAUCUUUCUUUAAUAAAGUUUUUUUUUAC